AUGACAACCAUGAACGGCGAUUGCUACAGUAUCCUCGGCGUCCCGGCGGCAGCCACGACGGAAGAAAUCCGUGCCGCCUAUCGCAGGCUGGCGCGACAGUAUCACCCCGACCUCAACACUGGGCCGCAAGCCGAGGCGCGCAUGAAAGAAAUCAAUCAUGCAUACGCCACCCUGUCCGAUCCCCAGCGCCGCCGCCACUACGAUAUCUACGGCGUGAGCGACCCUCCCACCGUGGAGUCGAACCGCCGCAGCCAGCAGCGUGCCCCCCGCCCGAGCGCGACCCGCCCUUCCGAACCUCGUACCCAUUCCGCGUCACCUGAGCGCGGCGAGGAUAUUGAGGCGGCCUUGCUGAUCACGCGCGGGGAGGCAAGACAUGGACUGCGCAAGGUUUUCCCGGUCACGCGCACUGAACCCUGUCAGCGCUGCCGGGGGAGCGGAUAUGAGCCCGAGGAGACCCUGGGGGCCGGUCGGUGCUGGCGGUGCAGCGGAGAGCAGCGGUUGCGGCGGGAGUUGUGGCUGAGCGCCACCAUACCGGCCGGAGUGUCCGACGGCCGACGCCUCCGUCUCCGCGGUCAGGGCAACGCCGGUUUGGACGGUGGAGCCAGCGGGCACAUCUACAUCACCGUCCGGGUUGCCCAACACACCAAAUUGCGCCAGACUUUUUCCUUCGUGCUCCGGCACCUGUUCCGCUAG